AUGUCGACGAGGACCAAGAGCAAGCCCGCAGUAUCAGGAAAAUCACUGCAGAAGCCUGGAGAUACCCAUAAAGGUCGCAAAUCCACUCCAAAGCAGCCCAUACCAGUCCCCGAUCGAUUGAAGCGGUUAUUCAACUCGCUGUGCGCUCAGAUUGACGGUGGUCAUUUCACGAAUGCCAUCAAAACAUGCGACAAGAUUCUCAGACUGUCUCCUGACGAUCCCGACGCGUUGCGGACCAAGUUGUCCCUGUUUCUGCAUACAGAACAGUAUACGUCUGCUCUGGAGUUGAUUGAGAAAGAUGAAGAUGAUUCAAAUCAUGGAUUCGAGAAAGCUUAUGUUCAUUAUCGAAUGCAAAAUGAGGAGCAGGCGAGAAACAUUUUAGAUGCUCUGAAAGACGGUAGCGGUGAUGAUGACAGAAGCGCCAUGCAUCUAGAAGCUCAGUUGUGCUACCGAGAAGGCUCAUACCGGAAUGCUGUUGAUUUGUAUAACCAGCUGCUGGAUACAUGCGAUCCUCACUCAGAAGAGCAUUCGGACAUUCUAACGAACCUUCAAGCGGCUCAACAGCAUCUCGAUUUCAUCGAGACUGGAUUUCUGAGAUCGCUCGACAGCUUGCCAGCUUCUUUACGGAACAGUAUUGACACAUUACCACCACCGCCCCAACAAAAUACCUCCGCAGUGGCGGCUGCUCUCGCCGCUUCUUCUAAUGAUACUGGAGCAAGUAAAACUCAGGCUCCAGUUACCCAAAAGAAAGUACGAAUGUCGAGGGUGCCGAAGGGGGUCGUGCCGGGUGUUACUCCACCGCCCGAUCCCGAACGUUGGCUGAAGAAGAGCGAAAGAUCGACGGUGCAGCAAGGAAGGAAUAAGAAGAAGGGUGGUGGUGGUGGUGGAGCUACACAAGGGAGCACAGGAGUGGACUAUAAUGCGGGUGGCGGUGGAACAAGCACUCCGUCGGGGGGUAAAGGGGGUAAGGGCAAGAAGAAAAAGUAG